GGGAGGGAGAGCUGCUUCAGGUUCGGUUGAGCUGCAGGGCCGGAAUAAAAAGGACUGAGUGGGGAAGGAGUGAGAUAAAGAGGGGAAGAAAGAGAGACAGAUAGCUGCAUUGACACACCUGCCUAGCAGCACAGUGAACUGUAAAACAUGCCGGACAAACAAGGGGACGAUCAGAGGAAAGACAUGUCGGAAGUCACAUCUUUCAAAAGGAGCAGCCUAAAGAGAACGGAGACUCAGGAGAAGAACACACUGCCAACAAAAGAGGUAAUCGAACAGGAAAAGAGGUGUGCAUCGGAACAUGCGUCCUGAGAUUGGCAGCCGGAAAAGGCUCCAUUGCCCCUGUGGUUUCCACAAUGCCGACCAGUUUUUUAUAUAAGUAUGGCACGUCAAUAAUCACAACACUGCGCCUUGAGGGGAGAGGCAUUGGCCCACUGACCCCUCAAUAUUCAAGGCACUCUCUGCUUGUUUAUGGUGAUCUUAUUCUUUAUGUUCGCUUUUGACACAGCUUUGAAGGUAGUGAGUGGGGUUGGGGGAGGGGUUUGUCUAGUGGUGUGGGGUGAGGGUGGGAGACGCUGAAUAAUUGAGCUAUGGACCGUGGCUGGAUUUAUACUAUGUAAUGAUGAUGCGUUGCCAAUUGUUUUUGUCUUCCUAUUAAAAAAAACUCACUGAAAAAUUUUAAUAUAAAAAUGAAAUAAAAUAUACAUUUAAAAUAAA